GCGGUGCGGAGCCGCUCUCUCGUCCGACGCUUCCCCGCCGACCGGGCCGAGUCGCGUCCGGGCCGAGAGAGCUGCAGCGCACACUGACAGCACACGAGCUGUGCUGCCCCGCGAGGAGGCGCUGGGGCAGACAUUGCUGCGCUGUCCGACCAGGCAGGGCACUCCCGUCACCUCCAGCCGGUCGGUCCAGACAGGGCACGUCUCCUGAUUCUGCUCAGCCACCCGACCAGACGUCUGACUGCAGGGCUGCAUCGUCACCAUGGAUCACCAGCCGCUGACCUACCCGACCACCGAAAAGGGCGCACGCAAGCCCAAGUGCGCGCGCUGCCGUAAUCACGGCGUCAUCUCGUGGCUGAAGGGCCACAAACGGCACUGCCGCUUCAAGGACUGCGCAUGCGCCAAGUGCAGCCUGAUCGCCGAGCGGCAGCGCGUCAUGGCCGCCCAGGUGGCGCUGAAGAGGCAGCAGGCGGCCGAGGACGCCAUCGCCAUGGGUCUGCGCGCCGUGGCCACCGGCUCCAGCUGCGCCUACCUGCCGCCCGGGCCCAUCUUCGGCAUGAACAUCACCCGGCCCCAGGGCGGCAGACCCGUGGCCGACACCGAGGCGGAGUCAGCCACCAGCGACGAGGAGUGCCGGGCGCCGGAGUCGGCGGUCGACGCCGGCAGUGACCAGUCAGAGCCGGCCGACCACAAGCCGGAGGUCGCCGAGCGGGAGGACAUGUGA